UUUUCACAUUUUAUGUUGGGUCGUUUCUCAUUCACUCUUUGAUCAUCAGCUUCAUAACAGUGAUUAAUUUCAUCUUUAUUUUUGUAUGUGAUUGUAUUUUAACUUUUAUUAUAACCUUUUGUAAACUCAAAACAAUGACCACCAAACCAAUGAGCCGACCGAUGCCUUCUUACCUUUUGGAUAGAGGAUACAAAGUUUGGAAUCAUGCAGAAGAACCGUUGAUUCGUCAACCAACAUCUAUUCUUAAUCACAAUAAUAACAACCAUUCUUACAGCCAUCAUACACAUACAAAUCACUCUCACAAUGACAAUCGUAAAGAUCUGGGAAAACUGAUUGAAGAAGAGGUCACCGAAAAAAGGAGAAAUGGAUUCAAUUUGAGUAACCCGUAUUUAAAUACACUGGAGGUGGAUAAACUGUAUCACUUAGGUUUAACCAAAAAGGGCGACAAUUUGGUUAAAAAAUUUGGUGAUGUCAAAUUUGUCUGUACGGGAGAAUCAGUUAGUCGGAUGGAAUUAACUGCCACAAUAUUGAAGCACAAGUUAAAUUUGACUGAACCAGUGGAAAAGAUCAAUCAAGAUGUAGAUCGCUUUACAAUCUACAAAGUUGGACCCAUUCUUUGCGUCAAUCAUGGAAUUGGUGUUCCAUCUCUAACCAUUUUACUCAACGAGAUAUUCAAGCUUUUGGCCUAUGCUCGAUGUCAAAAUGUUACAAUCUUCCGUCUCGGUACUUGUGGAUCCAUCGGUAAACCUCCGGGAGCCCUUAUUAUCACCAACAAAGUUGUUGAUGAUCGGCAGAGACCUCUUUUUGAGCAGGUUGUACUGGGUCGCGUUGUUUCACUGGAAGCUACAGUUGAUCAAGAGUUGGUUGAAGAGUUGCGUACAAUCGGAGGCACUCAAUUAUCUGAAUUAACUAUUGAAACCGGCACUACAAUGGCUACCAAUGACUUUUAUGAAGGUCAAGGUCGCAUGAAUGGCGCUUUCUGUGGUCAUACUUUUGCAGAGAGAGGACGACAUCUCUUGAGCCUUAAAAAGGCUGGAAUCAUCAACAUUGAAAUGGAAGCAAAUGCUUUUUUCGCUCUUUGCACAAAAGCCAAGCUUAAAUGUGCUUGUGUUGAUGUAGUGGUUUGUGAUCGACUUCGUGGAGACAUGAGCAACAUUGAUUCGGACCAGUUUACUCUAUUUGAACAAAGGCCAGCCUUGCUGAUUUCAAAAUACAUUCAAAGGCACAUGGACCUCAAUUGAAACCGUUAAUUAGGGAAACUCUUUUUCUUUCCCUUUCCCUUUCUCUCUAUUUUCGUCCCUUUCCAUCCUUCUCUUUACAUUUCUCAUUCUGAUUGUUGGAUUUUAUCUCUUCCAUUUUUUGACUUGACUUUGUCUCUGUUCAUCUUUUAAAUUGUGUUCUCAAAAGUCAAGCAAAAUUGAAUCCCAUUGUAUUGUCAGAAUCAAAAUCAUCUCAUUUCUUGAUACAUUUCAAGAAACAGACAAACUCAAGUCACUAAAAAAUGGAAGAUUUAACUCUUAUUGAUCUGGUGCAAUCAUUUUAAUUUCAUUCAUUUGAAAAACAAUUUAUUAGUUGACUUUUAUCUUGAUUAACCUUUAUAGGGCCCACACUGUGAUUAUUAUCUUCCCUGAAUUCCCUCCUUUCUAUUGUACAGAAUUUCAUUUUAAGUUUUCAACUAAAAUCAAAAACAAAAAGCCACAAAAUUAUUUUAGUUUACAUUUUUGCUGCUUUUUAUUAUCAAAUCAUAACUAUUUUGUUAAUCAAUAAAAAGUGCAACACAUUUUUA